AUGCCCUCGUUCCUGAACGGAGACGCGCCGCCGCCCAUCUUCUCCAGCGACCUCGACGUCCUCGAUCUCGACCUCGACCCCGGCAAUCGAUUCGGCCUCGCGAGCAACAGGAAGGGGGCAGAUGGGGCGCCGUCCUUUGGUCACACUCGCUCUGGCCUAGUCAAGGGAAGCUACGACGAGAGCUCGACGCUCUCCACCCACGACUCGGACAUUUCCGACGCCGCCCCGAUGGCGACCAACGGCAACGGCACGCGGCCGACGAGCACCGGCUCUCUCGCCAACGGCAAGCUGGUCUUGGCCGACGCGGGUGCGUCGGGAGCCGCGCCGGCCGUCUUCGAGUCGCCCCCCCGCGGGCCGAUGCACCACCCUCCUGACCGGACGGGGCCGCCGGCUCCCGCGCCCGGCGGCGACGACGACUACGACGAUGCCGCCGAAUCGUGGCCCCCCCACCCGCGGCGCAGGGCCUACCGGCGGGGCUCGCUCGCGUCGGAUCGCGAUGGGCCGACGGCCAAGGCGCCCGACGAGCUGCCGCCCUUGUCGGUUCCGCACGAUGCGUACCCCCACAGCCCCAAGUCCCACGCGGCCUCCUUCGAGCGUGUGCACCAGAGCUUUGACCUAGCCUCGGCCGCCUCCUCGCCCAAGCGGUUCUCCUCGCCGGCCGCCUACUACUCGCCGGCCGGUGCCUCGACCGCGUCGCCCACCAAGAACCAGCAGCCGGCGCCCGCCGGCCUUGCCAUGAAGCACAGGCACACCCUGGAGGUGCCCAAGAUCCCGUCUGGCCGUCACUCCAAGGACGGCGCCGACGCCCACGCCAGUGGUCGCUUCUCCCCGGCCGGCGCCGGCUCCUCGGGCGCCCGUCGCGCGUCGCUCAACCUCGUGCGCCGGACGACGCGAUCCACGCAACCGGAAACGCCGAGGGACGGCGUCGUCGUCGACGAGGAUGCCGUUCGGUGGACCGAAGCCUACCGGCAACGGAGGGCCAGCAAGCGGCGCAAGAAGGAGGAGGAGGACGACGGCCGCGUCCUCGUCGGCACCAAGGUGGACGAGAGCCACGCCAACUGGGUGACGGCCUACAACAUGCUGACCGGCAUCCGCGUCUCCGUCUCGAGGACCAACGCCAAGCUCGACCGUGAGCUGACCAACGCCGACUUUGAGGCGAAGCAGAAGUCGACCUUUGACAUGUACGUCGUCGCCCGUCGCCCGCCGCCGCUCGUGCGCGCCGCUAACCGUGCCAGCACCGGCAACGAACUGGUCCCCUCGGCCAAGUACGACUUCAAGUUCAAGGACUACGCGCCUUGGGUCUUCCGCCGACUGCGGUCCCUCUUCCGCCUCGACCCGGCCGAUUACCUCAUGUCGUUGACGGGAAAGUACAUCCUCUCCGAGCUCGGGUCGCCCGGCAAGAGCGGCAGCUUCUUUUACUUUUCCCGAGACUACAAGUACAUCAUCAAGACCAUCCACCACGCCGAGCACAAGUUCCUGAGGAAGAUCCUCAAGGAGUACUACAACCACGUCCGCGACAACCCGAACACGCUCCUCUCGCAGUUUUACGGCCUGCAUCGCGUCAAGAUGCCCUACGGCAAGAAGAUUCACUUCGUCGUCAUGAACAACCUCUUCCCGCCCCACCGGGACAUCCACACGACCUUUGACCUGAAGGGUUCGACCGUCGGCCGCGAGUACAAGGAGGAAGACCUGGCCCAGAAUCCCCGAGCGACCCUCAAGGACUUGAACUGGCUCCGGCGCCAGCAGCACCUGGAGCUCGGCAUGCAGAAGAAGCGGCUCUUUCUCGAGCAGCUGCAGCGGGACGUGGCCCUCCUCAAGCGGCUCCAGAUCAUGGACUACUCCCUGCUCAUCGGCAUCCACGACCUCUCGCGAGGCAACGAGGAGAACCUGCGGGGCAAAACGUUGCAGGUCUUCAACCCCGGCGGCGAGAAGUCGGCCGAGGACGAUGCGCAAUCUCUCUUGCGGACGCCGUCGAAGCUGGAGAAUUUCCGAAAGGCCAACGAGUUGCGGCAGAUGAUCCGGCAGAAGCGGCCGGUGCCCAUGGGCCAGGCGGACGGAAUGCCCGACGAGCUGGACGUGGGCCACAGCCGAUCGAGCUUCAUCUUCAACCAGGACGACGGCGGCUUCCGCGCCACGCACGAGGACAACACGCCCGCCGACGAGGUCUACUACUUGGGCGUCAUUGAUUGCCUGACCCACUAUGGAAUGAUCAAGAAAAUCGAGAAUUUCUGGAAGGGCCUCUCGAACGACAGGACGCAGAUUUCGGCCCUGCCGCCGGACCAGUACGGCGACAGGUUCUACCACUUCGUCGAGGGCAUCACCCUAUCCGCCGAGGAGGCGACGAGGGAGGCGCAGCGCCGGGACCAGGAGGCCAUGGACGCGGCCAGGGCGUCGGCGUCGGCGCUGGCCUCCCGGCGGGACUCGGGCCACCAGUCGCACCACGCCAUCCCCGCGAUGCCCGACUACCAGCCGCCGGCGUGUCCGGCCGGACGGCAGCCACCCGAGGGGCGGGAAGCGAUCGAGAUGGCGGUGGCGGCGCCAGAGAAGGACAUUCCAGACCGGACGCUGAAGACCAGGAGCUUGGCAUCCGACCAGCGGGAUUCCUUCCAGCAGCUCGACCCGAUACUGCCCAUCGUCGAGGAGAUCGGCGAGGGCGGUCGGAACGACGAUGGCGUCGCGAGUGGCAUGCCUGCGAGCGCCAAGGGCAAGCCGACGAUGCCCCCGCCGCCUCCCGGACCGCCGCCGCCGCCUCCGCCGGCGAGGAGCCAGGCCGCGGCCAGGUCGGACGGCUCCGACAGCGGGUACGGAGGUAACAGCAACGGAUCCAUCAGCAGGGACAACUCGCUCAGGGUCCGCCGCCGUCCGAGCAAGGAGAGCGUCGACAAGCCCAAGCGGGACGAGGCGCAGGACGGUCGCGUGAGGAUGGCCGCGUAG